AUGGCGUGUUCCAGCAAUGUCAUGGAUAAAAUCGAAAUGGAGUCACUGGGGCAGAAAGGCGGUGAUGUGGACAACACCGGUCCCAUUAUUAAAUAUUAUCAAGCGACCGAGCUCAUCCCCUCCCCGAAACCCCCGCUACACCAGCUGCUGAAGAAGGAGCCAGCGGCGUGGGCCUUUGUGCAGAUCUCCAGCGGUGUUCUGAAUGUUGGGCUCGGUGUGGUGUUCGCUGUGGUCUUCCCUAUCGAAAAUCUGCUGCUCACCUUGUUUAGAGUUCCCAUCGUCACGGGUUUACUGUUCCUGAUGGCUGGAUUGAUGUCGACUCUUCUCCACAGACGACCUGGGCUCUUACAGGUAGAAAUCCUGAUACUGUGUGUGACGCUGUUGGACAUGAUCAUCUCUGGAGUCUUAAUACUUUUCAUUAACACGGAAAAACGCAGGCAUGAAAAGGAAUAA